AUGUACUUGGUGAAAUUAUUGCCUGUGCUACUAGUACUGGUAAGGCCAACUAAUGCAGACUGGUUCGACGAUUUUGUCAAUGGUUUACAUGACAAAAUAGUAGCCGGUGCAGAUUAUAUCAAGGAAAAAGCUGCUCCUGCAGUUCGAGAGACGUUUGACGAAGCAAAAAAUAAACUGAAGGAUCCAGAAACGCAUCGGCGCCUCCGAGAGUGGGUGAAAGAGGUUGGAAAAAACAAGCUUGUAAAUAAAAAACUCAAAUACCUUGGUUUUCCGCUUAAAUUACAUGAGCCAGCAAUAUUGGCUUAA